UAUACUUAUACUAAAUUAUGCCUCUCAUAUUUUUCAUCAACUCUACAACAAUUUGAAGCACAAAAAAAAAGUUAAUUACAUUAGCUGUCUAUUUAUUAUUUUAAAUAAAAGAGAUUCACAUGGAUUAGCAAGCUGACUGCACCACCUUAGCUGUCUAUUGAUUAUUUCCAAUUAAUGAGAUUCACAUGAAUAACCAAGUUGAUUAACCCUUGAUUUCCUCUUGCAUACGGCCUCCGAUAGUAUAUAUACAAAUAAUGAAUUAUGCCUCUCAUAUUUUUCAUCAACUCUACAAUAAUUUGAAUAAAAAAAAAAUCCUUUUAAAGUUAGUCUAUCAAAGAAAGCUUUUAAGGUUAAAUGGAUACCCAAAAUGCCUUCGAUGAAAGACAAAGGCGCCAUGAUCGAUUUAAUGAACUCAAGGCGUUUGAUGAAGGAAAACUUGGGGUUAAAGGGCUUGUAGAUGCUGGAAUCAAAAAAAUUCCUAGGAUGUUUGUCAGACCGCUUGAGGAUCGUUUAAAAUAUUUUGCUACAUGUACUGACAAUAUUAGUGUGCCGAUAAUAGACUUAGCUAAUUUUGGUGAAAAUAAAGAUCAGACUGCAGAGAUUGCCAAGGAAAUUAUUAAGGCAGCAAAGGAAUGGGGAUUUUUUCAAGUGAUUAACCAUGGGAUUUCUAAGGAAUUCUUAGAAACGAUGAUUAAUCGAAGUCGAAUGUUUCACGAACAAGAUGUUGAAACAAAGAAAAUGUUCUAUAGUCGUGAUUUUCAAUCAAAGCCUGUGUUUUUUAUUAGCAACUAUGACUUGUAUCACUCAAAUGCUGCAAAUUGGAGGAACACUUUGUAUGUUAACGCUCGACAAAAUGGCGGUAUUGUUGAUCCUCAAGAGUUGCCUCCUAUAUGUAGGGAUGUAAUGUUAGAGUACAUUAACCAUAUCCAUAACCUUGGUGAUCGCAUACUUAUGUUAAUAUCAUUAGGUCUUGGAAUUGAACCCGAAUGUCUUGGGAAUAUCGCAAAAUGUAAUAAAAGUUGGGCCAUAGUUAACAGCUAUUACCCAGCAUGUCCAGAGCCAGAAUUGACUAUGGGAAUAGAUGCUCAUGUUGAUACUACAUUUGUCACAAUACUCCUACAGGACAAUAUUGGUGGACUCCAGGUUCUUUAUGAAAACAAAUGGGUUAAUAUUGAGCCUGUUACUGGUGGUUUGAUUGUUAACUUUGGAAAAAUACUUCAUAUGAUAACUAAUGAUAUAAUAAAAGGUGCAAGUCACAGAGUAAUUGCAAAAAAGGUGGGACCAAGGCAAUCUAUUGCAUUCAAUUUUAAUGGUGUUUACUCAUCUGAGAAGAUACAUGGUCCAAUAAAAGAGCUAACAUCAGAAGAAAAUCCACCUAUUUAUAGGAAAUUCUCAACCGAGGAACUCAUCAAAAGCUUUUUAUCUAAAUCACUUAAUGAGGUUGGAGACAAUCUCGAUGAUUUUAAGCUUCAACAUCAUGGUGAUGGCUUGUAAUUAUCUUAGGGGAUGGAUGUUACAAAAUUGUGUUCAACUGCUACAUAAUAAACAAACUUUUAUUAUAUUUGUGUAGCAAUAUAUAUGUUCCCAUUUCACUUUUAUGAAAAA